AAUUGUAAGCACACUUUGACUAUUUUCUUAUCUUUAGUUCUGAACAUCAAAACGGUGUUCAAAGUGGCUGCAGGAGGUUUAGUUCUAACAUCCGCCUAUCAACUGCUGAGGCGUGGCUGCACAUAUGAACAGCUGCUCACAGCCGUUAAUACCUGCGUCCUUCCUGCUGGCGCUAGACUACUACAAAUAACUGAGGGGAGUGUGUACUUGAAAGUUCAAGCAGAAAGUCUUACAGCCCUUGACCAUCUGUGGAGAUUGUACAAGAAUGGGACGCUGAAAAAGCGCCUGCAGGCCUUAUUUGUUACUGAUGAAAUGAGAGACCUUGCUGGUGGAGAGCAAGUGGAAGUGAUCGUGACCAUCGACGAAGACGAAUACGAGAAGUCCCGGAACGAGCUAACAAGUGUUGAAGUACAAGGUUAUACACUCACAAAAUACAUCUAAAAAAAGACUUAAGAAACAAAUUAUCUGUAAGUAAGUCUGUAGGCUCCUGUAUAAGGUAUAGGCUUUUUUUCAGUUAGUGUUGAGGUCAAAACGUGGUCAGGUUAAUCACAAAGCCCCAAGUGCCGAGAGAAGUCCUUAAUACGUAAGGAAUUUUAAAAUUUUGCUCAACUAGCGCAUUGAUAGAGACUUAUUCAGUGCUAAACUGCUUCAAGGUAGCAGUUAGGCUGAACAGUAUUGUUUGUUCUUGUUCUUCACCAAAACAUUUUUGGUCCCUGCUAUUGAUAGUCUUAAAAAAGCACACUCCGAAGCAGCAAUAAUCUUUUUAAUUUACAUUCUUACUUUGAAGGUUAUUAAGCCAAUCUUAAUAAAAGGUUCGCUAGACCAGAAAUCAAGACACCGCACCUGCGUAGACGCGUUCACAGUCCCUCAAUUUUACGAUCAGUGUCAUUUACAUUGUGUUUUUGAUACCACAGUUUUGAUUUCAGAUGAACCUGAUGGCCAGGAAGAGAGGCGACUUCAAUACCUAGAUCAGGAAAAAUUAUCCUACAUUACGAAUUACUUAGAGCAAACCAGGGAUACAGAUGUACACAGUGUGUCUACAGAGGACGACAGUGGAAAGCCGGGAUCAAAUAGUGCACCAUCUGAGUUUGGAUUUGAAGAAACCAGCGGUAAGACGCAGUCAAUUCCAAGAGGACCCAACCCAAGCCCCUUUAGUAUUUGUCAACUUCCGCAAUCCCAGGGCGGUUGACACUGAUUUGUCAUCAAGGGUCUUCCCAGGGAUAUUACAUCGGGAUCAGUUCGUGGUUUAUUCAAGCGGGAAAAACGCAGGUGAAGAGGAAAAACCGAGCUCAUGCCUAAAGAGAGUGCGCGAAAUCUGCAGAAUGACACGCUAAAAACCCGGAUUAGGCCUCAGCCUUGAAGUUCCUUUUUAGUAAACGAAAUAUAUACACUUUAUCUGUCUCUUUAAUAUUUCCUGGCAGUCCCCUGGAUUCACACCCCUGUAAUCAAUUCAUACUAAUGUCAUUGCCCAAUCCUUUUUAAUGGACGACAACUUAUCCUUUUUUUAAAGUCAGCAUUUUUGUUAAUUUCAGAUUUUGUUUUUGCCUUGUAUUUGCAGAUUCCACCUCCAAGCUGUGCUUGAAAGAUCUAAGUAUGGAAUUGACUGAGGAACUGACGUCCAAGCUUUAUAGGAACAAAGAUGUUCUAAACCGAUUUUACCGUUCAUUUGGGCUUGAUCCUGACUUACUGCACGACGAACUCGACCGAAGGAGCAUUGGAACAAUUUUUCCCGAUACCCCAGUCAAGCUACUGAAGGAAGUUUUUGAGGCGCUAAAACUGUAUGACUUUGCAGAAUUCUUAGAGAAGGCAACAAAACCACGGACACUUCGCGCUGCUCUUCCGUUAAAAGAAAUUGAAAAGUUAUCGGACGCCAGACACCGACCAACAAAGGUUUACAGUAAAGCAAAGGUUUUAAUAGUCCAUGUCUGUGGAGCCUUUAAAAAAUCAGCAAACAAAGAUGUAGAAACAGCUGGAUCAUUUUUUAAAGCGCAGAAUUCACGGAACGAGGUAACCACAUUAAAGACUGAUUAUUUUAAGGAAUUGUUAGCAGAUCUUGAGAACCUAGCGAGACGCCUGGGAGAAGAAAAUAGUGAUGACAGCAGGGCACAAACAAGGGAAGCACUCUUGAAAGAGCUUUUGAAAAACAAGAUCCCAGACAGCUGGAUCAAAUUAAAAGCAAUAGAAGAGUUCAAAGAAUUAUAUCCGGAUGAACUUUGCCUUAAAGAAGAAGAAGAUGAAAUAUGCAUGCAGCGGAUGCUACGUUUUAACACCAAGAAGGAUGAGCAAGUAUUAACAUUGUUUUCCAAAGAGGAGCCUGCGAUGAGAAAUGAACUAAAACAGCUGACGGAAAAAAGAGAACAAUGGAAAACCGAAAGGAAGCCAUUAAUCGAGAAGCAGAUAAAGGAGAAGUUGGAGGAACUGAAAAAAGAGACUGAGAAAUUUGAAAUGGCUGUUUCAAGGGUCAUCGAUAAAUGGAUAGAACUACACCCAAAUGAUAAAGGUUUGAUAUCAUACCCCUUGUAACAUCCGUUCAGUAACGUUCCAAACUAUUUUAAGUCCUGUUUAAGCAUCCAUCCACACACUGUUCGAUAUUGGUUGAACAGAAGUUAGAACAGUUACUAUAGAGAGAUUAAGAUUCACGUUUACGCCAAACGGCAGACGGAAAUUUGUACCACGUGACCAAGUUUCCCCCUUAUUUUCCGUUCACUCUUUACUACUUCUACACAAAAAAUAAGUAGUUUUAUGCCAGUCUUAACCAUAGCAAUCGUUCGGGACUGUUUUUAUCUGCUUAUUUUCUAUUCUGAGAAAUUCUCAAAUUGAAUCUCUCUAAUAAGUCAAAGCUGAACCUUCCGCACCCUGGUACACUGUUGUGCACCCUGCGACACUGUGAUUCUUAUAAUUAACUCACGUAAAAAGCCAAUUUAUAAAUUUAUAGCUCCUCUUAAUAUUCUUCCUCUUUCACAAAGCUUAAAAUUGGCAAGAAAUAAUGUCGAAAACUGAUUAGAAUUUUCAGCGCGGCCUAACUUUACUUAUGGAUGUUACAAAAGGUGAAUGACAAUAGACUUAUUAAGAAAAAAAACGUCUUUUUGGUUUUUGUAGGAAAGGCGUCGACCGUUUUUGUCGUCCUUAUUCAGAAUAGACUGGGAUUGCAGCGAACGAGUGGUGCAGUUCUAGAACAGAUGAUUAUCAACAUAAAAAGAUGCUUGAGUGAAAAACUGGCUCUUAUUCCAGACACGAAGGUAGUGAUAGCAAAUAAAAUGCCACCUAUGGGGAAAGAAGGAAACAUUUCAAGCGAAACUCUUGAAGUGUAUUUGUCUGAAAAAGGGGUGUUAACCACAUUGCUGCAGCUUCUGAGUAAGCGCUUAGAUACACUGGACCUCAUUUCAGUAAUGCAGGAAUUACAAAGGACCGUCUCACGAACAGUCCCUCGUUACUACUCUAGAAGGUUAGGGUACAGUAACGUUUCUCAUACGACGGUUGAAAUACGUGACAAUUUGUCGAGCGUUCCGAGACUUCAGAAAACGGAAUAA